CUUUUAAACCCUCGACUAGGGUUUAGAGACAAAAGCGAAGCGAGUGAAGUGAAGUGAGAACCACAGGGUGGCCGCUCUCUCAACCUUUCCCAUCCAAGGGUUUGCUCAGAGCAGAAAUCAAAAUCAAAGGAAAUGGCUUCGUCUGAUGAUGAACGAACCCCAGUGAAGGCUGUGGCGAAAGUGACAGAUACAGAGAAGAAGAAGAAGAAGCAUAGAGACAAAGACGAUGAUUUAGACAAAGACUUCAUGAUUAAGCCCCAGAGCUCGACUCCCUCCAUGGACACCUCCCAGUGGCCUAUCCUUCUCAAAAACUACGACCGCCUCAAUGUUCGAACUGGACACUACACCCCUCUUCCCUCCGGGUAUUCCCCACUUAAGCGCCCUCUUGCCGAGUACAUCCGAUAUGGUGUUAUCAAUCUUGACAAGCCUGCCAACCCCUCCUCGCACGAGGUUGUUGCUUGGAUUAAACGCAUCCUUCGUGUAGAGAAAACUGGCCACAGUGGUACUCUGGAUCCCAAGGUUACAGGUAAUCUCAUUGUCUGUAUUGACCGAGCUACGCGACUUGUGAAGUCCCAGCAGGGUGCGUAUGUCUGUGUUGCACGCUUGCAUUCGGCCGUGCAGGAUGUUGCCAAGGUGGCUCGGGCCCUUGAAGCCCUUACUGGGGCUGUCUUUCAGAGGCCACCUUUGAUAUCAGCAGUCAAGAGGCAGCUUAGGAUUAGGACUAUAUAUGAAAGCAAGCUACUUGAGUUUGACGCAGAUAAACAUUUGGUUGUUUUCUGGAUUUCAUGCGAGGCAGGAACCUAUGUGCGUACCCUGUGUGUGCAUUUGGGUCUGCUUCUUGGAGUGGGAGGGCAUAUGCAGGAGCUGAGGAGGGUCAGGUCUGGAAUUAUGGGUGAGAAAGACAACAUGGUUACCAUGCACGAUGUCAUGGAUGCUCAAUGGGUGUACGAUAAUCAUAGGGAUGAGAGUUAUUUGAGGAGGAUCAUCAUGCCUCUUGAGGUGCUGUUGACCAGUUAUAAGAGAUUGGUUGUCAAGGACUCAGCAGUGAAUGCCAUUUGCUAUGGUGCCAAGUUAAUGAUUCCAGGGCUGCUCAGGUUUGAGAAUGAUAUUGAGGUUGGAGAGGAAGUUGUGCUUAUGACUACCAAAGGAGAAGCAAUUGCAUUGGGAAUUGCUGAGAUGACCACUGCUGUGAUGGCAACUUGUGAUCAUGGUGUGGUGGCAAAGAUUAAGAGGGUGGUGAUGGAUCGGGAUACUUAUCCAAGGAAGUGGGGAUUGGGACCAAGGGCGUCCAUGAAGAAGAAGUUAAUUUCAGAAGGGAAAUUAGAUAAGCAUGGGAAGCCUACUGAGAGUACCCCUCAAGAAUGGAUGAGGAAUGUGAUUUUACCUACAGGUGGGGAUUCUAUUGUUGCAGGCACUGCUGCUGCGCUUGCCACUGAACCUGCUCCGGCAGAGAAGGAGACCACUCUUGUAGAGGAGAAGAAGGAGAAGAAAAAGAAGGACAAACACAAGGAUGAAGAGGAAUCUAAGGAGAGUCGUAAGCGCAAACUAGAGGAAAGGGCCGAGAGCCCUGUUCCUCUUCCUGCUAAGAAAAGCAAAGGUGAAGAAGUUGACAAGUCAGAAAAGAAAAAGAAGAAGAAAAAGGACAAAGAGAAUGGUGUUUUGGAGGCUUCAGAUGUGGAGAAGUCAGAGAAGAAGGUGAAGAAGGAACACAAAGAUAAAGUUGAAGCUGGUUCACCUGAAACCGAAAAGUCUGAGAAGAAAAAGAAGAAGAAAAACAAAGAGGCUGAGGAAAAUGGUGCUGCGACUCCCGCUGGCGCUGAUGACUUGAAGGGUGAUGGCGAGGCUGAUAAGAGUGAGAAAAAGAAGAAGAAGAAGAAAAAGGAUAAAGCAGAUGCAGAAGAGGAUUAGGGGAAGGAUUUAGGAUUAGGAACUUUAAAUGGCCGAACUUUUGAAUGUAUGCCUCCAUCUACAAUGAGAAUUUUCGUAUCUGACUUUGAAAUUUUCCUAUCUCAUAUAUGUAAGUUUUAAUGAACUUGUUUUUCCGCAGAACUAGUUUUUUUGUAGUUUAGCCCUCCUGUAUUGCAAGCUGUUUUCUUCUCUGUCUGAGUAAUUUCAAUUCAUAAUUUUUC